AUGUCAACUCACCACCCUGGGUCGGAUGGAGAUGGCGCGGAAGAGACUCUAACGUCUACAAGCGCUGAACCUGCAGGCCCCGAGAAACGCCCUACUUCCGACGAUGAACCUUACACUCCGAACGUCGCUUCGCUCCAACAAGGUGUAUCUAUGCCUGAGGAAGAGUCUGCCAAUCCUAUCGAUAGGAUCAGCCUCAAGAGUGAGGACGUAGUAGGUCAGCAACAGGACGUGGGUCCCUCUCUCCAACAGGUCCUUCGAUGGAUUCAAGAUUACAUUGCACUCCAGCAAAAGACAACUGGCCAUGGCAGUCGCACAAGCGUAGCAACUGAAACUCCUCCUCUCAGCCCUCCUCUAUAUCCUCCUCCCUCCAAACACGUCCACCGACGUCAAGACGGACUUCCUGGAAGACCCAGCCAUGCUAUCAGGGGCGUGAUUGGCGAUAGGCAGCCGCGAUCGCAUCAAUUACUGGAAGAAUUUGUCCCCACCACACAUCUCGUGUAUCGUUCGAGCAAAGGAUGCUCAGGAACUGGCACUGCCAUGACGGUUCAAUCCUUGGAUUUCACGAGCAGUGCCCAUACCGAAACUUAUGGUCUACCAUACAGCACUUUCAAGCAGGACGAUGAGAAUGGCAGGAAAACUGCGCAUGUACAAUCAACGAAGCUGCCACAGAGUUUGAGACGGGAACUUAGGUCUGGAUGGGUUCAUAUCGUGCAAGAAGAGUGGGACUUUGACCUCUAUAUGGACUUUACCUCCUACUUCGUAGCCGUGUCAUCUUCUUUCGACAACGAUUUCGUAGUAAAGUGGGGAGAAGAGCCGGUGAACAGAUCUGACUGGCAAAGAGUCAUCGAGAAGUGCGAAGAUGGGGUGGUGGUCUUGAAUCUUUCACACAGAGACGAUUCGAAACUACUAUCUCAAUCCUCAAAGCACAGUGAGACGAACAAUAUCGAGGCGAUGAAAGACAGAAUCAGGAAGCUUGUCAGUGGCCGCUUUGCCAAUGAAGCACACAGUCGAAACUUUACGCAGUCUUCGAAACCACAAUCGGGACUCUGCGACACUGACGCUGGCAUCAGCUUGGAAGAGUACGCCCAGCGACUUGAGAGGUCGUGUGACGCUUGGGAAUGGCUGCCGCCGCCCGAACGGUCAACUUCUAACGACAGCAACUGGUCUGAAGCAAAGCCCGACUACACAUUUGCUUUUGCUCUGACUGCUCUCGUCGAACAGCUGGUCGACUUCCAACGACCUGCCGGCUUGCAGGGAUCUGGAACGAGGCUUCUGACCGCGGUGGCCGAUGUAUUCGAAUCUCUAUCAUCCAGCAAACCAUUUGGACGUCAAGAAGAAUUUGAGAUCUGCAGAACCGUUGACACUUGUGCUCCGCUCUUCGGACUCGCUAUAGAGAUGGAGCGGAAUGGAUACGAACGCAGACAGUUUAGGGAAAGAUCCGUGGACGAGCCGCAAAUCCUGAGUGACCUUUGCAACAUAGUCUCGACUGUGCUGGAAGAGCUCAAGGAGACUAUACAGCAUCCAUCUGUAAGGAAUGUGGAAUCUCUGAGUAUCCCAGCUUUGAGGCAGCUUCGGCAGGUGUACGACCUACUUCUCGGUGCAAUUCAGAAAAACAUUGCUCACCACGAGUCGGUGGGACUUGACGGGCUUGUGGCCUUACUAUUCUCAAGUCUCGUCCACAAGCCUAUCCACGGCGCAGACGACAUCAUGGAUGUUUACAGAGACCACAUGAAUACCUUGGAUACCAGCGCUCGUCUAGGUGAGCCGAGUCUCGGUCCCCUUUCAAGACUACGGUACUUCAAGUACGAGCUAUCCGCCUUCGACGCUCUUCUGUGGCAGCAGUUGGAGGUCCUCGAGAAAAUGGUCGACGGCCUCUACCUCCAGCUGGGUCUGCCAGACUUCAUCCCAAGGGACUCAUCCUACGGCGAUGGGGUGGUCAAAGCCUUGCAUGCUGGCGAGUACCAGUACAGCGGCGCUCUGCGGACUUUGGCGAGGUGCUUGGAGACUACUAGUGAGAGAUUGCAAAUGGUUCCGGUGUGGACGGCAGAGAUUGGACAUAUGCGUGACGAGUGUCGCGCCCGCCUCGACGAAGUCCAGGAUUGGCGAUCGAAUGCAGCAGUAGUCUUCACCGUCGUCACCGUCCUCUUUCUGCCCCUAUCAUUCGUGUCUAGCGUCUUCGGCAUGAAUACGGCGGACGUGCGGCAGAUGCCUUCGACGCAGUGGGCGUUCUGGGCUUCUGCAAUUCCUUUCACACUUUUGGUUGCUGCGCUGACGCUUUAUUGGGUGGAUGUACCGCCUUUGAGACGGUGGUGGAUGAGGUGGAGGGGGUUGGAGGGUGGGUGA